UUAACCAAGCUAGAAUAUAUAGAUCUGGUUUAAGUGUGUUUUCAAAAGUACAGAGAUACAUAUCAGAAUUUAAGUCGUUUUAUAUUAUGAUAUGAUGUUAACUCACUGAAAGGACUGUGAGCUAAUAAGAUGGGCGACGAAGAACAGGAGACCGCCAAAACCGUGGCAACAGGACCGAGCUCACCGUCUUCUCUGGCGACCGGCUUUGGCAUCGAUGACCCUCGGGUGGAGAUUGUGGCAGACUACCUGCUGCGCCACUAUCGCCUCAAACCGGACCGCUGGGUCAAAUUCUACAACAACCCAGAUAACCAAGCUGCUUUGUUUCAAUUCUUCAAUGACAGUGAGGAUGAUCUGGUUGUUUUCAACUGCAGUGGGAGCUAUCUCGAGUUCUCCUUUGCCUGGCCAACUGAUCCACAACAAAAAUACACUUUGUGGUGCAGGCAAUGACCAAUGAGGCUAACACCAAGUUUUGGCCUCAAGCAGUGACGGAUGAUGUCCAUCAACACACGCACAACCUGAAGACAGUGUUGUCUGUCACAGCAAGCCGAGUGAAGGCAAAAACUUUGCUGCUGAUCCCCUCAGAGUUUGAUGAAUUCUCCUACCCAGACCCAGAAAACCCUGGCAAAAGGCCUGACCAGAAGUUCAUCCAUAGUAUUGAGUCUCUGGUAGUGAUGUGGCACAAUGAGGUUCGGGAGGUGCUCCCGUGUCGAUCUGCAGAUGCCAUUCUGGAAGGGAAGAAACCUCAACCCAGCCAGGAGAUCCAGUAUUGGAUGCACCGCGCCAAAGACUUUGAUCAAAUCUAUCAGCAAUUGAUAAAUCGAAAAGUGAAAAUGAUGGUGCGCUUGCUCAAGGACAGCAACAGCAUUUAUUACCAUUCUUUCAAGGAGCUGUACAGCAGUGUGGUUGGAGCACUCCUGGAGGCAAAUGACAAUUCUGUGUACAUGCUGGCACUGAAUCACAUGAUAGAGUCUGUAGAGAACACAGACUUUGAGGCCUGCCUGGAGCACCUGGGACCUCUGAUGCACACCGUCUGCCUGGUCUGGAUACACUCCAAGUACUACAACACACCGGAAAGGCUCACCGUGCUGCUGCAGGAGCUGUGUAAUUUCAUGAUUGAAAUAGUGGAUGGUUAUUUAGGCCCUGAGGAGAUGUUCAAAGGAGAGAUAGCAGAAGCUAUAAACACUGUCAAGACUGCGGAGAAAGUGAUGUCAGUGUUCAGAGAAUCAUUUGAUGAGCACAGAGCCAAAUUGCCUACCAUGUUUCCAGAAGGUGCCCAUGUGAGAAAAUGGGAUUUUGAUCCAGAGUUGGUCUUCUCACGUUUUUCGAAAGUUUACGAGCGCGUAAAAAUUGCCCAUUACAUCAUGGACACCAAUCUCAAUUUCAUGAAGCUGGAGAAAGUUGAUUUUGGAGGCAUUAAAGGCAAUGUUCUCGGAGACGAAGUGUUGCACAUAUUCCAAGAAUUUGACGAGGCUUUCAAGCUUUUCACAGAGGGAAAAUUCAACCCCCUGGAUACCGAUGACCCGGAGUUUUUGAAUGCCUAUGAAACCUUCAGUGCAAUUAUGGCAGACUUUGACCGCCGUUUGGCCACCAUUGCAUGCAAGGCAUUUUUUGAUUGCUCCGGCUUGGAGUCUGUGUAUAAGCUGAUUGAUAUGAUGGGGCCACUGCUGGAGAGAAAACUCAUUAUAAAGGACUUCAAUGACAAGUACCCAAUGGUGGUGGAACAGAUGCAUCAAGCUUUGGAUAUUUGCUUUGAAUUGUAUGAACAGCAGAUGGCUCACAAGAAGGAGACGGGCCUCAUGGUGGUCCAUAAGAACAUGCCUCCUGUGGCGGGCGCCAGGAUCUGGGCCAGAGAGCUGUACAGCAGAGUGGCCAGCCAUCUGGAGGAUUUUGGCAGAAUUGAACACCCGAUCAAGCACUCAGAGACUUACCAGCACGUCCUAACUAGAGUUGCUGAUCUGAAAAACCUUCUUGAUCUCUCUGAUGAAACUGAGUACCAACAGUGGCUCUCAAAUGUUGAGGAGAAUUGUUCUUUCAACAUGGCUCAGCAUUUGUUGAAAAAGGAUCUGGAAACAAAACUUUUGACUGUCAAUUUUGAUGACAAGUUGGUUGCUGUCCUGAAAGAAAUGAAGUACCUCAAACUACUUGGUCAGGGAGACAUCCCAACACAGCCUGAAAGCGUCUUCAAAAGGCGGGACAUGCUGUUCAAGUACUACGCCAAUCUGAUGCUCAUUAUGCAGCUCUACAACAGACUCAUCACAGACACCAUACCGGUGGAGCAGCCACUGAUUGCUCCGACUUUGGCCAAAAUAGAUCAACAGCUUGAGUUGGCUAUAAAUAUCUUGGCUUGGAAGAUGGAUGACAUCUGGGAGUACAUUGAAGAGACUCUGGCCAUGAUCAACGAUCUGACCCAUCGAGUGGAGCGGUCGAAAGAAAAUGUUCAGCGGAUGAAGGACGUGCUGGGCACUUUUGCCUCUCUUCCUUUGUUUGAGCGGAAAGAGAAACUGGAUAACCUGCUUGGGCUAGUUGACCGCGCUGACGUUGUGAAGAAGCGUAAUACGGCCAUCACUGGUGCUGGGAUGGAGAUUCAUGAACUCAUGGCUACGAAUUGUGAGCUUUUUCAAGCUGAUGAGGAGUCUGAGGCUUGGUUAAACUACAAGAAGUAUCUAGAUCAAAUGGUCAUCGAUUCGUUUUAUGACAUUAUUGCUUGCAGUCUGAACUACAUAAUCAACAACACGGAUGAAGAAAAGACCAGCGGGCCACUGUUUGAGAUCCUGCUGGAGCUCCACAUCCCAAAGAUGGUGUUCAUCCCCGAGCUGGAGCCAGGCGUCCAGCCCGCCUUCUGGGACGUCAUCGACGGAGUCUUCUCGGACAUCUACGCCAUGGCCUCACUCAUUCCCAGGCUAAGUCCUGACGAGGAAAAGACUUACCAGGAUGCUCUGGAUGACAAUGCAGAUCUGCUUGCUUUGCGCGACCAACUGAUAGAUGAAAUUGACGCUACUGUUGUGCAGGCCUUGGAGUACAGGGAAAGCAUGAAUCAGUACUCGAACCUGUGGUCAGACGACAGGAAUGAAUAUCUUUCUAUGUUCUUGAAGUACAACCAUAUUGUCACCCAGGAGGAAAUCUCAUUGGCUGGAGAGGAAGGAGUGCCGGAAUCUCCCCCUACCUUGCCUCAGUUCAAGGAAAAGAUUGACCACUAUGAGAAACUUUAUGAUGAUAUAGACCAGCUCCAAGCCCUCCAGGUGUUUCGGAACUGGUUGAGAGUCGACGGUCGCUCUUUUAAACAAAGUCUACUCAAUGAAGUCAAGAGAUGGAGCCUCAUGUUCAAACAGCAUCUCAUAGACCGUGUGAAUCUUGGGCUGAGUGAUCUUGAAGACUUUAUAGCAAAAACCAUGAAGGGAUUGGCCUCUGAUCCUAAGGAGAACGACUACGACGGGUUGGUGAAAAGCAUGGCUCUGCUGAACGCUGUAAGGGACCGGCAGGCUGAGACGGAUGUCAUGUUUGAUCCUCUCAAAGACACCAUUGAACUCUUGAAGACUUUCGGAGUGGAGAUGUCAGAAAAAGUGUAUGCCCAGCUUGAGGAAUUACCUGAUAAAUGGAUCCAGGUGAAAAAGAAGGUUCUGGUUUCAAAGCAGGCUGUUAUCCCACUACAACAAAAUGAAGUCGCCAAAAUCAGGAGGAAAACUGUUUCUUUUGACUUGAAACAGCAUGAGUACAGAGCAGAGUUUAGAAAAUGUCUGGCUUUCUUCUACAACUGUGAAAAGCCGUACAGAAUAAUCAAUGACUGUCAUGAGGAAAUAACAGUUCUUGAAAACUACAUGACCAAAUUGCAGGAUUCCUGUAAAAUAUUUGAUGUCCAAAUGCCAGAUUACAAGCAGUUGAAAGUUUGUCGCAAUGAGCUGAAGUUGCUGAAAUGCCUGUGGGAUUAUGUGUUCAUGGUGCAAAUGAUGUUUUCUUACUGGAAUGAUAUCAAGUGGUCUGAAAUUGAUGUGGAACAGAUGGACAUUGACUGCAAAAAACUGGCAAAAGAACUCCGCGGUCUGGACAAGGAGAUGAGGGCCUGGGAUGUCUACCUAGGGCUGGAGAAUGAAGUGAAGAACAUGAUCACUUCCAUGAGGGCUGUUGGAGAGUUGCAGAACCCGGCCAUUAGGGAGCGCCACUGGCAGGAACUCAUGGAAGCGACACAGGUGACGUUCACGAUGGAUAAGGACACGACCCUGGCGGACCUGCUGAGCCUGAACCUGCACAAGUAUGAGGACGAGGUGCACAGCAUCGUGGACAAGGCGGUGAAGGAAACGAGCAUGGAGAAGACGCUGAGGGAGCUGGCCGUCACCUGGGCCACCAUGGAGUUCAUCCACACCAAGCACCCAUCGACCGGCGUCACCAUUCUCACCGCCGAGGAGGAGCUUGUGGAGACCCUGGAAGAUAACCAGGUACAACUUCAAAAUAUGAUGACUUCGAAAUACAUUGCCCAUUUCCUGGAUCAAGUGUCUUCCUGGCAAAAGAAGCUGUCUAUGACUGAUCAGGUGAUAUCAAUCUAUAUGCAAGUCCAGCGGACGUGGCUACAUCUUGAAAGCAUUUUCAUUGGAUCUGAGGAUAUUCGUAAGCAGCUACCUGAAGACACAGCAAGAUUUGAACGGAUUGAUUCUUCAUUCAAGCAAAUUGCAAAAGAAAUUUCUGUGACAACCAUUGUGGUGGAUGCUUGUAACCAGCCCAACCUGUUGGAAAGACUGGACAAGCUGCAAAACGACCUGACCAUCUGUGAGAAAGCUCUGGCUGAAUACCUCGAGACGAAACGCCUGGCGUUCCCCAGAUUUUAUUUUGUCUCCUCCGCUGAUUUGCUCGACAUUCUGUCCAAUGGGAAUAACCCUGCUGUUGUAUCUCGUCAACUGACCAAAUUAUUUGACAGUUUGGCAAAACUAGAGUUUGACAAAAGCAAUCAGAAACUUGCCCGAGCAAUGUACAGCAAAGAUGGAGAGUAUGUGAAACUGGCUUAUGACACAGACCUCUCUGGACAGGUGGAGGUGUGGCUGAACAGAGUGCUGGAGGUGAUGAAGGCCACCGUGCGUGGAGAGAUGGCGCACGCCGUGGCUUCAUACGAAGACAAGCCCAGGGAGAAGUGGCUUUUUGACUUUCCGGCUCAGGUAGCUCUCACAAGUACACAGAUCUGGUGGACAACAGAGGUUAAUAUAGCCUUUGCAAAGCUGGAGGAAGGUUUCGAAUCUGCCCUUAAAGACUAUCUUAAAAAACAGAUUAACCAGCUGAACAGUUUGAUUAACUUACUUCUCGGUGACCUCUCCAAGGGAGACCGCCAGAAGAUCAUGACAGUGUGUACCAUUGAUGUGCAUGCCAGAGAUGUUGUGAACAAGAUGAUUAACCAGAAGGUAGACAAUUCUCAGUGCUUCCUGUGGCUCUCUCAGCUGCGCCACCGCUGGGACGUCAAGGAGGCGGACGCAUUUGCCAACAUUUGCGACGCCCAGUUCCGCUACGACAAAGAAUAUCUGGGCAAUACACCACGACUUGUGAUUACACCUCUCACUGACAGAUGUUACAUCACUCUGACCCAAUCUCUCCAUCUGAUAAUGGGUGGGGCGCCGGCCGGCCCGGCAGGGACUGGGAAAACGGAGACGACGAAGGAUUUGGGCCGGGCGCUUGGGAUCAUGGUCUACGUGUUCAACUGUUCGGAACAAAUGGACUACAAGUCUGUUGGGAACAUCUACAAAGGCUUGUCUCAGUCCGGGUCGUGGGGCUGUUUUGAUGAAUUCAAUCGCAUCGCCGUGGAAGUCUUGUCUGUCAUUGCUGUCCAGGUCAAAUGCAUCCAAGAUGGUAUCAGAGACAAGAAAAAAAAAUUCAACUUCAUGGGGACGGUCAUUAAGCUCAUGCCCACUGUAGGCAUCUUCAUUACCAUGAAUCCUGGUUACGCAGGAAGGACUGAGCUCCCUGAGAAUCUGAAAGCUUUGUUCAGACCCUGUGCCAUGGUAGUUCCAGAUUUUGAACUGAUCUGUGAAAUCAUGUUGGUGGCAGAAGGCUUUCUUAUCGCCAGACUGCUGGCGAGGAAGUUCAUCACCCUGUACAGUCUGUGCAAGGAGCUGCUGUCCAAACAGGACCAUUAUGACUGGGGUCUGAGAGCCAUCAAGUCUGUCCUGGUGGUGGCUGGAUCCCUCAAGAGAGGAGACAGAGAAAGGCCUGAAGACCAGGUCCUCAUGAGGGCCUUGCGGGAUUUUAACAUCCCAAAGAUUGUGAUGGACGACAUGCCAGUGUUCAUGGGACUUAUAGGCGAUCUGUUUCCGGCGCUUGAUGUGCCGCGGAAACGAGACUUGGAGUUUGAGGGCCACAUAAAGAAUGCCACAUUGCAGCAGAAGCUUCAGGCUGAGGACAACUUUAUCUUAAAGGUUGUACAACUGCAAGAGCUCUUUGACGUACGCCAUUCGGUUUUCAUUCUGGGAAAUGCUGGGACAGGGAAAAGCUGUGUUUGGAACACACUGAAAACGACAAAUAAAAUUCUGGGAAAGAAGCCGACAGCUAUUGACCUGGACCCAAAGUCUGUCACAAAUGAUGAACUUUUCGGAGUGAUCAGCCCAGCCACUCGUGAAUGGAAGGAUGGUCUAUUUUCGGUGGUGAUGAGAGACCUGGCCAACAUGAGCGGUGACGGCCCUAAGUGGAUCGUCCUGGAUGGGGACAUUGAUCCGAUGUGGAUCGAGUCUCUCAACACUGUCAUGGAUGACAACAAGGUCCUGACAUUAGCCAGCAAUGAACGCAUCACCAUGACCCCUGCCAUGAGACUGCUGUUUGAGAUCAGCAACUUGAGAACGGCCACCCCAGCCACAGUCUCCCGGGCAGGCAUCCUCUACAUCAAUCCAAAUGACCUUGGAUGGAAUCCGUACGUCCAGAGCUGGGUCGACCGACGUGAGGUCCAGUCUGAGAAAGCAAACCUGACCAUUCUGUUUGACAAAUACGUGUCCUCUAUUUUGGAUACACUCAGACUGCGCUUCAAGAAAAUCACUCCCAUUCAGGAAAUUGCACAUGUGCACAUGUUGACCUACUUACUGGAGUGUUUGAUAGUGCCGGAUAACGUGCCUCCUGACUCGCCAAAAGAUCUCUACGAGUUGUAUUUCGUCUUUUGUUGCGUAUGGGCGUUUGGAGGGUGUAUGUUUCAGGAUCAGCUCUGUGACCACCGAGUGGACUUCACCAAGUGGUGGGUCAUGGAGUACAAGACUGUCAAAUUCCCCUCCCACGGCACUGUCUUUGACUACUACAUUGACCCGGCCUCUCACAGUUUCAAACCAUGGACACAACUGGUGCCCGAGUUUGAGUAUGAUCCAGAUGUCCCACUGCAGGCCACUAUUGUCCACACAGCGGAGACCCACAGGCUCCGUUUCUUCCUCGACAUGCUAGUUGCCAAUCGUCGACCGGUGAUGCUGGUUGGGGCUGCGGGGACAGGAAAGACUGUAUUGAUGCAGAAUAAACUCAAGUAUCUGGGUGAAGACUACAUAAUUGCCAAUGUGCCGUUCAAUUUCUACACCACUAGUGCUAUGCUUCAGAACAUUCUAGAGAAGCCGCUGGAAAAGAAGGCAGGUCGCAACUAUGGCCCGCCAGGCACGAGGAAGCUGGUCUAUUUCAUUGACGACAUGAACAUGCCAGAGGUGGACAAGUACUUCACUGUGCAGCCCCACACCUUGGUGCGAGCCUGCAUUGACCACGCCCACUGGUACGAUCGACAGAAGCUCUCUCUGAAAGAAAUCCACAACGUCCAGUUUGUGUCCUGCAUGAACCCCACUGCUGGAAGCUUCACAAUCGACGCCAGAUUGCAGCGUCACUUCUGUGUGUUUGCCUUGAGUCUGCCCACCAAGGACGCCCUAGCGGCAAUCUACAGCAACAUUCUCAGCCAGCACAUGAUUCUCAACAACUACAGUAUCAGCCUGCAGAGAUAUUGCAACAACCUGGUCCAAGGGGCCAUCGCUCUACAGUCCAAGAUGACGUCCAGUUUCUUGCCCACGGCCAUUAAAUUCCAUUACAUCUUCAACCUGCGCGACAUGUCAAAUAUUUUCCAAGGCAUGCUGUUUGCGAACGCGGAAUGUUGUAAGACCACAGCCAUGUUGGUGAGGCUAUACUUCCACGAGGCAGAGAGGGUCUACAGAGACAAGCUAGUGGAUGAGACAGACCUGGCCCUUUACGACAAGUACCAAGUGGAAAUACUGAAGAAAUUCUUUGAGGAACAAAAAGAAGAAGUGAUUCAAGCCAGGCCCUUGAUAUGUUGCCACUUUGCCGUUGGAAUGGGAGACGGCACUUACGAUUUCAUCAAAGAGUGGCCACUGCUGAACAAGCUCCUCUCUGAUGCCCUGGACAGUUACAACGAGCUCAACGCCAGCAUGAACCUCGUCCUCUUCGAGGAUGCCAUGUCGCAUAUCUGCCGGAUCAACCGAAUUUUGGAGUCACCGCGUGGCAAUGCUCUCCUCAUCGGGGUGGGGGGCAGUGGAAAACAGUCCUUGUCUCGGCUGGCUGCAUUUAUCAGUGGUCUUGACGUCUUUCAGAUUACCCUCAGCAAGCAGUAUGGCAUUCCAGACUUGAAGGCAGACUUGAAUGGACUUUACAGGAAAUCAGGACUGAAAGGGCUGGGUGUGGUCUUCCUCAUGUCGGACGCACAAGUUGCCAACGAAAUCUUCCUGGUGCUCAUCAACGAUCUCCUGGCCUCUGGAGAAAUUGCCGACCUCUUCGGCGAUGAUGAGGUUGAGGAAAUCCUCAGUGCGAUGCUCAAUGAAUGCAAACAGGUCGGAAUCCCAGACACACGAGAGAACGCCUGGGCCCUGUUUAUUGAUAAAGUGCGGAGAAAUCUCAAAGUGGUCCUGUGCUUCUCACCGGUGGGCUCCACUCUCAGAGUGCGCAGUCGCAAGUUCCCGGCGGUGACCAACUGCACGUCUAUCGACUGGUUCCACGAGUGGCCGGAGCAGGCUCUGGUGUCUGUCAGUGCCAGGUUCCUCGGGGACAACGAACUACUGGAGGCAGACAUGCGCAAGUCGAUAGCACAGUUCAUGGCCUUUGUUCACAAAUCUGUGAACGAGGCAAGUCUGGCUUACCUGUCCAAUGAGCACCGGUACAACUACACCACGCCCAAGUCUUUCCUGGAGCAGAUCACGCUGUAUCAGAACCUGCUGCGCAAGAAGAACGAGGAGUUGCAGGCCAGCAUCAUUCGUCUAGAGAACGGGUUAGAAAAACUCCGCAGCACAGCCACUCAGGUGGAUGACCUCAAGUCCAAGCUGGCCUCCCAGGAAGUGGAGCUGGCGGCCAAAAACAAAGAGGCCAAUGACCUGAUCACCGUGGUCAGUGCGGAGACGGAGAAAGUGAUGAAGGAGAAAGCCGUAGCGGACGUGGAGGAGGAGAAAGUCUCUCUGAUCACUGUGGAGGUGGAGCAGAAGGCCUCGGACUGUCAGAGAGAUCUCGCCAAAGCAGAACCCGCCUUGCUGGCCGCUAAAGAUGCUCUCAACACUCUAAAUAAGAACAACCUGACCGAGUUGAAAUCUUUCGGGUCCCCGCCCGCUGCUGUGACCAAUGUGGCAGCCGCAGUCAUGGUGCUGUUAGCUCCGGGCGGAAACAUUCCCAAAGACAGGUCCUGGAAAGCCGCAAAAUCCUCCAUCAUGGCCAAGGUGGAUCACUUUCUGGACAACCUGAUCAACUACGACAAAGACAACAUUCCUGUCACCUGCCAACAAGCUGUGCAGCCAUAUCUGACCAAUCCUGAGUUUGAUCCCGAAUUUAUCAAAGCGAAAUCUCUGGCCGCUGCAGGUCUUUGCUCCUGGGUCAUCAACAUCAUGAGGUACUACGAGGUCUUCUGUAAUGUCGAGCCAAAAAGAAUUGCUCUGAAGAAAGCCAACAAUGAACUGCAGGCUGCUCAGGAUAAGCUGGCUACCAUUAAAGCCCGUGUUGCCCAGCUGGAGCAGACGCUGGGCGAGUGCCAGGCAGAGCUGAACCAAGCCGUGGAGACGAAGCAAAAAUGCCAGGAUGAAGCCGACUCCACCGCGGCCACCAUUGAUCUGGCGAACCGCCUCGUGGGUGGACUGGCCUCCGAGAAUGUGAGGUGGGCAGAUGCCAUCCAGGACUUUCACGAAAAUGAGAAGACUCUCCCCGGAGAUGUGCUGCUAAUUACUGCAUAUGUUUCCUACGUUGGAUCUUUCACAAAGACAUACAGAAUGGAUCUCCUCGAGAACAAGUGGGUAGCCUUCCUGAAACAACUCAAAGUACCGAUUCCAGUCACUGAGAAUCUUGAUCCCUUGGUCAUGCUUGUGGAUGCUGCUCAAGUGGCCAGCUGGAGCAAUGAGAACCUGCCUGGAGACAGGAUGAGCACUGAGAACGCCACCAUCCUCACCAACUGCGAGCGCUGGCCUCUUAUGAUUGACCCUCAGCUGCAGGGCUCCAAAUGGAUCAAGACCAGAUAUGGGAGCAGCCUCAGGGUGGUUCGCCUGGGCUCUCACGGCUACCUGGAUGUCAUUGAGAAGGCUGUGGAGACAGGAGAGGUGCUGAUGAUGGAGAACAUCAUGGAGUCUGUGGACCCCGUGCUGGAUCAUCUGCUGGGCAGGAACACCAUCAAGAAAGGGAGAGCUAUCAAGAUUGGAGAUAAAGAAAUCAAUUACCAUCCCAAGUUCCGACUAAUCCUUCAGACUAAACUGGCAAAUCCUCACUACAAGCCGGAGAUGCAGGCUCAGACAACCCUCAUUAAUUUCACAGUAACCAGAGAUGGUCUGGAGGACCAGCUGCUUGGGGCUGUGGUAUCCAAGGAACGGCCGGAUCUGGAGAAACUCAAGUCGGAUCUCACGCGACAGCAGAAUGAGUUCAAAAUCACUUUGAAAGGUUUGGAGGACAAUCUCCUGGCUCGACUGUCGACAGCUGAAGGAAACUUCCUGGGUGACUAUGCGCUAGUUGAGAACCUGGAGACAACGAAACGCACGGCGGCAGAAAUUGAGGUCAAGGCCGCAGAGGCCAAGAUUACGGAGAAGGAGAUCAACCUCGCUCGAGAAAAUUAUCGUCCUGUUGCAGCCAGAGCAUCGCUCCUGUACUUCAUCAUGAAUGAUUUGUUUAAGAUUCACCCAAUGUAUCAGUUCUCAUUGAAGGCUUUCAGUGUUGUGUUUGACAAAUCCAUUGAUAAGGCCGAGCCAGCGGAUACGGAGCAAGAGAGAGUGUCGAACCUGAUCGACUGCAACACGUACUCUGUCUAUGUUUACACCACGCGAGGCCUCUUUGAGAGGGACAAGCUGAUUUUUGGAACCAUGAUGACUUUUCAGAUUUUGACUCAGAUGAAAGAAAUUGAUGCAGAGUGCCUUGAUUUUCUACUGCGAUUUCCAGCAACUGCAGACGCAAAGAGUCCAGUAGAUUUUCUCACGGACCUAGGCUGGGGUGGCAUUAAGGCUCUGUCCGAACAUGAUGCGUUCAGGAACCUGGAUAAGGAUAUUGUUGGAUCUGCGAAGCGCUGGAAAAAGUUUGUUGAAGGAGAAGCCCCAGAAAAAGAGAAGUUCCCUCAGGAGUGGAAAAAUAAAACUCCUUUAGAAAAGCUGUGCAUGAUGAGGGCUCUGAGGCCUGAUCGAAUGAGCAAUGCCAUCACUGCUUUCAUUGAGGAGUCAAUGGGACGCCAGUACAUCGAGAACCGUGCCGUAGAAUUCAGCAAAUCAUUUGAAGAGUCGGGCCCCGCCACACCCAUCUUCUUCAUUCUCUCCCCCGGCGUGGACCCGUUGAAAGACGUGGAGAAACUGGGCAAAAAGCUGGGCUACACGAUGGCCAAAGAGAACUGCCACAACAUCUCUCUGGGUCAAGGUCAGGAGAUUGUUGCCGAGAAGGCUAUGGACCUGGCAGCGAAGAAAGGCCACUGGGUGGUAUUACAGAAUGUUCACUUGGUAGCAAAAUGGCUGUCUCGACUGGAGAAGAAGAUAGAGCAGUACUCGGAGGAGAGCCACCUCAAUUACCGAGUGUUCAUCAGCGCAGAACCGGCCGGGACCCGCGAGUCCCACAUCAUGCCUCAGGGCAUCUUAGAAGCAUCGGUGAAAAUCACCAACGAACCACCAACGGGGAUGCUUGCUAACUUGCAUAAAGCACUGGACAAUUUUAAUCAGGAUACUCUAGAAAUGUGCUCAAAGGAAGUUGAAUUCAAAGCCAUCCUGUUCUCGCUGUGUUACUUCCAUGCCGUCGUGUGUGAGCGGAGAAAGUUCGGGGCCCAGGGGUGGAACAGGGUGUACCCGUUCAAUGUCGGAGAUUUGACCAUCAGCGUCAAUGUGUUGUAUAACUACCUUGAGGCUAACAACAAGGUUCCUUGGGAGGAUCUGCGAUAUCUGUUUGGAGAGAUCAUGUACGGGGGCCACAUCACUGAUGACUGGGACCGCAAACUUUGCAGAACAUACCUGGAAGUCUACAUGAAUCAGGAUAUGAUUGACGGAGAGCUCUUACUGGCCCCUGGCUUCCCCGUGCCUCCCAACAUCGACUAUGAUGCCUACCAUGCCUAUAUUGAUGACGAGCUGCCCACGGAAUCCCCGUACCUGUACGGCCUCCACCCCAAUGCCGAGAUUGAGUUCCUGAGCAAGCGCUCGGACAAUCUGUUGCGGACUGUGUUUGAGAUGCAGCCCAGAGACGCCUCAGGGGAGGCAGGGGAGUCUGUGUCGAGAGAGGAGAAGGUGAAAGAAAUCCUGGAUGAUUUGACAGAAAGACUGCCAGACCCAUUCAAUAUGGAAGAAAUCAUGUCCAAAGUGGCUCCAGAUGCCCGCACACCGUACGUGGUGGUGGCCUUCCAGGAGUGUGAACGUAUGAACUUUCUCACACAGGAGAUUCGCAUUUCUCUGAAAGAGCUUGACCUGGGUCUGAAGGGUGAGCUGACGAUCACAUCUGAAAUGGAAGACCUGGGCAACGCAUUGUUCCUUAACCAUGUACCAGAGCGCUGGGAGAAAAGGGCUUACCCGUCCUUGUUUUUACUAGCUCAAUGGUAUGCAGACAUGCUGGCAAGAGCAAAAGAGCUGGACUCGUGGAUCACAGACUUCAACUUGCCCACCUGUGUCUGGCUCGGGGGAUUCUUCAACCCACAGAGCUUCCUCACUGCCAUCAUGCAGCAGAUGUCCAGGAAGAACGAAUGGCCUCUGGACCGUAUGUGCUUACAGUGCGACGUGACCAAAAAGAACAAGGAAGAGAUGACGGCGCCCCCGAGAGAGGGGGCCUACGUUUACGGCCUCUACAUGGAAGGGGCUCGUUGGGAUCAUCAGACCGGCUUCAUCGGAGAGUCCAUUUUGAAAGAGCUGACCCCCCGCAUGCCCGUGAUCUUCCUGAAGGCUAUCCCCGUGGAUCGGAUGGAUCAGCGUGUGGUGUACGAGUGUCCGGUCUACAAGACCAAGUCGCGAGGGCCGACCUUUGUGUGGACCUUCCGACUCAAGACUAAGGCCGACCCCUCCAAAUGGGUCUUGGCUGGUGUGGCACUGCUUUUACAAGUCUGAUUAUUUUUUUUUUUUUUUUUUACAAAUUUGGAAAUAUAGUUGAGUCUGCUUAAGCUGAACACAGUUAAUCUGAAAACAGUGGUAAACCAAAAAGAAAAUAGAAUCCCCAAUGUUUUCCUUUGGUAUUUGAGCAAUGCCUGUAAACUGAAAACACGGCAAAACCGAAGAAAAACCAGUGGUCCAUCAGAUUUCAGUUUAAGCAGACUCUCCUGUAUUCAUUUAAGUUUCUAUUUCUCUAUUUUAGGCUAUUUUGCUCAAAGAGGAAGGUUUGGAUCUAGAUUUGAGUAUGUUUCCUUUAGAAGUGUGAAUGAGCACACUAAAUACCGAUAGGCAAUAUUGUGGUAAAGAGAAUGUAUCCUUAUGAGUCUUCUAGUUAGUGAACUCAUGGUAUCAAAAGUAACAAUUGCAAUAUUUUGUCUUCGAAGACACUGAUAAUGCACAGUACCGGUAUUUGAGAUACUGACUUUGAUCUCUGAAGAACAAUAUUUGCUGCAGUUUGUGAACUAGCUAUACUACACACACUUUCUGUUUCAAUAAAAUGGUCAGUUUUUACCAG